GUAAUAUCACAUUUCCGGUGGUCAGAAUUUUCACUGUAUUUAAUAUCGUCUUGAUUAGCUGUACGGAUAAUGAAGGUGCUCUGCAUUUGCUAGACUUUAUUCUUAACCAUUUAAUAGUACACUUUCCCCACCCCAAAGAAGAUGGAGAAAUAAUACCACGCAUUUAAUAUAAGGUGGCUCCUGGCUGAUAGCCUUUUCAGAUCAUAGCAUGAAUCAAUAUCAACAGCAGCCUGGCCGAUCCAACCUGUACAGUGUCGUGAAAACUGAGAGCUCACCAACUCCGCCCCUCGCCACCAGCAUGGCCAAUAGCACUGCAGUUCCGGGGAAAGGCCUGGGAACCCCUGGGCCUGCUGGGAGAGUGAGUCCUGAAGGAAGUCAGGUGCUCAGUAAGAAGAAGUUACAGGACCUGGUGCGGGAAAUUGACCCCAAUGAGCAACUCGAUGAAGAUGUCGAGGAGAUGUUGCUGCAAGUUGCUGAUGAUUUUAUAGAGAGUGUCGUGACAGCAGCCUGUCAGCUCGCCCGUCACCGCAAGUCUAACACUCUAGAAGUAAAGGAUGUGCAGUUGCACCUUGAGCGUCAGUGGAACAUGUGGAUCCCAGGCUUCGGCUCUGAUGAAAUCCGACCGUACAAAAAGGCGUGCACUACAGAAGCACACAAACAGAGAAUGGCACUGAUCCGUAAGACGACCAAAAAAUAGGAAGAAUACAGACGACUGACUUUUCUUUUGCUCUAUGGGUUUUGUCAAAUGAGAGGAAUUUUUUUUUUUAUUGUUUUUUUUGUGUUUUGUUUUGUUUUUGGGGAAAAGCAGACUGAUGGAUGUGCCGUCAAUAUUUUACCUUUACAAUGUCAGAAACACUUGCCCAAACUAUUCAUUUAAAAUGUCAUCUGUGUUCUGUUCUUGGAAUGAUUAAAAUAAACUAUACUGUUAUGAGCCUAAAAUCUUUAAUAGAUCUCAAACGCAGCACAAAAAAACA